AAGAAGAAGAAGAAGAGGCAGUCUACUCUGUCCUAUACGCGCAUCUCCUCGAAAUCCGAACCGAAAUCGCACCUCGUGCACUUUAAAGAGCUAGAACAGUCGGUAGAAUCUACAACUCUACGAUUAACCUGCGUAGCUGUAUGCGUUGGAAGCAGCAUACAGUUCCACAAAGGCAUACUGAGGACAAGAGAAGACAGCGAGUUGGACAGCUGCUUUUGCACUGCUUUUGCACUGCUUUUGCAUUCAAAUUUGCAGCGUGUGUGCGAAGCGGAAGGAUCCGCUGAAAAUUCUGCAAAAAGCUUGGCGCGAAAAUUCUGCAGCACCGGCUGUAGACAACGACAACGACACUCGUUUGAUUUCCUUUGUCUUGCGCUGUUUUAAAGUCCUUCGGCAGAUUCUGCUUGCAGGUCCUGCCUUAGGCACGGGGUUUCCCCUAAGGUCAAAGAAUACAGAAAGAAUUUGAUUGUAAAUAGAUCAACUGCCUUGCUUAUAAGGCCGUCCUACAUAGUCUUGGACUCCGAAAGGACGUAAAUGG